AUGGCCAAACGCACGAAAAAAGUUGGAAUUACCGGAAAAUAUGGUACACGAUAUGGAGCCUCGUUGCGUAAAAUGGUCAAAAAAAUGGAAGUGACACAACAUGCAAAAUACACUUGCUCUUUCUGUGGAAAGGAUGCCAUGAAGCGCUCUUGCGUUGGUAUCUGGUCCUGCAAACGUUGCAAGAGGACAGUGGCUGGAGGUGCCUGGGUGUUCUCUACCACAGCAGCCUCAUCUUGUAGGUCAGCAGUGAGGAGGUUACGUGAAGUCAAGUAA